CUGGGAAGAGCAGAAAGAGAGAGAGAGAGAGAGAGAGAGAGAGAGAGAAACAAAUAUUCAGACUCACAGAAAACUGUGAACCAAAUGACCAAACUGAACAGAAAUGGACCAAAUUGUUUAUUUCACACUUCUGCUCACAGCUGUCUUCAGUUUAUCUGCAUGUGUUUCACGGCAGUAUUACUUUGUGAAUCAGAAAAAGAGCUGUACUGAAGCUCAGAGAUACUGUAGAGAGAAUUACAUGGAUCUGGCCACACUCGACAACAAGAACGACAUUGAAGAGCUGAUGAAGAGUGUGAACAGUAAUCAGGUCGUGGACGUCUGGAUCGGGCUGAUGAAAACAGUCAAUUAUAAAUGGAAGUGGUCUCUGGGUGACCCUGUGUUCUACACACAACUUGAUUCACAGUAUCGAAACUGGGAACUGAGUCAACCAAAUGGCAGCUCAAAUGAAGACUGUGUUUACAUGAAUGGGGAUGGAAAAUGGCACAAUAAUUACUGUACAAAUAAGUGGUCUUUCAUUUGCUACAAUGACAGCAGUAAAGGAUACGUCCCUGUCCUCCAGACAAUGGUUUGGAGAGAUGCUCAGAGUUACUGCCGAGCGAAUCACACCGAUCUGGUCGGUGUGAGGAACCAGACAGAGAAUCAACAGAUCCAGCAGAUCAUGAAUGAUUGCGGGAUCAAUAAAAUCUGGAUCGGUCUGUUCAGAGACUUGUGGGAAUGGUCAGAUCAGAGCAAAUCCUCGUUCAGAAACUGGAAACCUUCUGAACCCAAUAAUAUUAAUGGGAAUGAAAAUGGCGCAGUGCUUACGGUCAGUGUGAACCUGGGAUGGCAAGACUGGCCAUGUGAUUCCAUACAUCCCUUUGUCUGUCAUGAAGAUAAACUAGUUUUAAUCCAGAUGAAUGUGACCUGGAAUGAAGCUCUGAGAUACUGCCGAGAGAAUCAUGUGGACCUUGUAUCGGUUCACACAGAGCAGAUUCAGCGUCGCAUCAUGAAUGUGGUUAAAAAGGCCUCAACCGCUGCCGUGUGGAUGGGUCUACAUCACUACUGCGCCAUGAACAUGUGGAUCUGGGUGAGGGGGGAGGUCGUGUGUUAUCAGAACUGGGCUGCAGGUAAUGGGACAGGAAUGGAAGGGUGCAGGGACCAAAGAAGAGUUGGAGCUGUUCAGUCCAGAGGAGAUCAGCGCUGGAUCAGCCUUACUCAAACUCACAAACUCAACUUCAUCUGCACCAACUCUCAAAAUUUCUGAGUCAAGCUGUCCAUCAUCUCUGGAGCUAGAAAUGUACUUUGGUAUGUCUGUUUUGAAAUAUUAUGCAUAAUGUCUUAUUCCUUAAGAUAAUAAUUACAGAGCUUUUCAUGAAUAAUGUCAAGUACAACAUCAGCAGUACAGGAUUAUUAGCAUUUCUUUCCUCCUCAUAAAGACAUUUGCUGAUCAUUUCAUCUCAAGACAUACAUGCCAUCUGCUUAUUUUCCAUGUCUAUGGAUGUUGCACUUGCACAUGUGCUAAGAAUAUGUAUAAAUGCAGAUGAAUCAUAGUUUGUGCAUUCAUUUCAGCAAGACUUUCAGGCUUCUAUUUGGUGUGGUCAAAGUUUAAUGUAUGUAUUAACCUUGAAUAUCUAAAAUACAUUGUGUGCUA